AUGAAGGUGUUCACCGUGGGCCUCGACGACAAGGAGAAGGCCAAGAGCCUCGAUGAAAAGCUUGAAACCGGCUCGCUGGCGUCGAGCAGCUGCUCGGAGCCGCCGCUGAAGCCGGCCGCACAGCUGCCGGUGGCCACGCAGAAGAAGUGCAGAAGGAGUCCAUUUAAGGGUUGCCUCGCAUGCAUCGCCGUCGUCUUCUGCGUGCUGCUAGCCGCCGUCGUGCUGUCCGAAUUGGCGUACGCUCGGCAUCGCGACGACCAAUUUCUGCGUCUGAAGUGGGCCGAGCUGAAGCAGCGCAUGAUCGGGCUGGACUUGUUGAGGGAGUCGCAGCUUCAGGCGCAGCAAGCAGCGUUUGCAGCUGCACAAAAAUUGGCGCAGGGGCUGAACAACGACCAACCGCCCGAGGUUAUCGACGAGCGCUUGGCCUUCUCCAAGCGGCUGGAGAAUGGACACGAUCAGCAACCCCUUCACCAGGUCGACAACUCGGUAGAAUCCUCGAAGGAAGUCGAUGGAGACAUGCGCCUCGCCUUCCUCAAAGCGAUCCUCCAGAAGCUGAAGGCCGCCGCGAAAGAUGGAGCCCUCCCGGGACCCGUUCAUGUGUCGGUGUUGGAGAUCAAGAAGCAGCCGCUGAUUGGGGAGACCGAGGACGAUCUGGAGGAGGAAAACCCAAUGAUGCCCGGACGUAUCGUCACUGAACUUUAUGGAGACGACGCCUCGGAGGUACGUUUC